UGCCGCUGCAGUCGCGUCAGGUCAGGUUGGUGCUGUUUGCUGCCUGUCUGUUGAUUCGGGGCUAAAACUCGGCUCCGUUCGCUGUUUACAUCGGACUCCCGAAGGCAAAGCGAAACCGGAGCGACUGGCAGAACCGAAGCCUGGCGGCAGACAUGGAGUCCGAGGCCAGAGACGAAGCGAAGGGGCCGGUGCUGCACAUCGUCGUGGUCGGAUUUCACCACAAGAAAGGCUGUCAGGUGGAGUUCUCGUAUCCGCCGCUGAUGCCCAACGAGGCCCACGACAGCGGCCUGCUGCCGGAGGAGUGGAAGUACCUGCCGUUCCUGGCUCUGCCUGACGGAGCCCACAACUACCAGGAAGACACCGUCUAUUUCCACCUGCCGCCUCUCAGCGGAGACCUGAGGUGCGUCUAUGGAGUGUCCUGCUAUCGCCAAAUAGAGGCCAAGGCCCUAAAGGUGCGACAGGCCGACGUCACCAGAGAGACGGUCCAGAAGAGCGUCUGCGUCCUCAGUCGAGUGCCUCUGUACGGUUUGCUUCAAGCUAAGCUGCAGCUCAUCACUCACGCCUACUUUGAGGAGAAGGACUUCUCACAGAUCUCCAUCCUGAAGGAGCUGUACGAGCACAUGAACGGCUCUCUGAGGGGCUCCUCCCUGGAGGGAUCGCAGGUUUAUCUAGGUUUAUCACCCAGAGACCUGAUCCUACACUUUCAACACAAGGUGGUCAUCCUCUUCAAGCUGAUUCUGCUGGAGAAGAAGGUCCUGUUCUAUGUGUCUCCUGUAAACAGACUCGUGGGAGCCCUGAUGACCGUUCUGUCACUUUUCCCAGGUAUGAUCGAACACGGCCUGGUGGAUUCGUCUCACUACAAACCAAAGAGCAGCGUCUCCGACGACCUCAGUCUGGUGGAGAGCGUCUCGGGAGCCGAGGACUUCGUCUCCGUGUCCGUCACCGACAUCGCCAGCGCCGGCGUGGCCCCGGAGGGCGUGAAGGCGGCGCGUCCAGCCGCAGAGCCUCUGUCCUCAGGGACCAGCACGGAGGGGGACAAUAACCACCUCAGGCCGCCCUCACGCGCCUCGCCCGAGUCCUCCGAGAGCGACUGGGAGACCCUGGAUCCCAGCGUGCUGGAGGACGCCGCCCCCAAAGAAGAAGAAGCAGCCGGCGGCGGCGGCGGGGCGGAGCCGCCGGACGCCUUCGACUCCCAGCCGGGAACACCGAUCACGGUGCAGCCGCUGGGGGUCAGCGGCCAGGGAGGGGUGACCCAGGGCCUGGUGUCGGGUCUGGAGGAGGACCAGUACGGCCUGCCGCUCCCCAUCUUCACCAAGGGUUACCUGUGCCUGCCUUACAUGGCGCUGCAGCAGCACCACCUGCUGUCGGACGUCGCCGUCCGAGGCUUCGUGGCCGGCGCCACCAACAUCCUCUUCCGCCAGCAGAGGCACCUCAGCGACGCCGUCGUGGAAGUGGAGGAGGCCCGGAUCCAGAUCCAGGACCCGGAGCUGCGCAGGACCCUGAGCCUGACGACGGCCGACCUGCGCUUCGCCGACUACCUGGUGAAGCACGUGACGGAGAACAGGGACGACGUGUUCCUGGACGGGACGGGCUGGGAGGGCGGCGACGAGUGGAUCAGAGCCCAGUUCACCCUCUACCUGCACUCCUUGCUGUCGUCUGCGCUGCAGCAAGAUAACGAGAGGCUGCUGGCCGAUUACGGCGUGCCGUUCGUCGGCGCUUGGAAGAACACUCACAACUUCCGGGUUUGGUUCAGUAACAAACAUCCUGGCAUGACGGCCAUCACUGCGGGCCACCCGUUCCAGGGCCAGUACAGCGUAGCUGAUGUGAAACUGCGGCUCUCACAUUCGGUGCAGAACAGUGAGCGGGGGAAGAAGAUCGGAAACGCGAUGAUCACAACCAGCCGCAAUAUGGUCCAGACCGGGAAGGCAGUGGGUCAGUCAGUGGGUGGAGCCUUGACAAGCGCCAAGUCCGCCAUGUCCUCCUGGUUCUCCACGCUGGCCCAGCCUGCACCUGUAACCUCCUCAUCGACUCCUGAACCCGCCUCUGAGGUGAAGCCAUGACACUUAGUGUUCAGGAGAACCCCCCCAGUGACUCUUUCUGUCUCCCAGCCCUCAGACUGUGACGCCUUAGCAUCAGUGGAAUGACAGAAAAAGGACAAACGAUCACUUUUCCUCACGUUCACAUGGAAGUCCAAACUCCUAAACUCUAAACCCGCGGCGGGCUCCGACUAGAUUCUGGGUUUUUCUCCAGCGCGGUAUUAACUGGAUGAAGCUGCAGGCACGAAAGGCAGCAAAUUUACUGUACAGCCCAUAAUCACUGUGAGGUGGAACCUGCCACUGCUUUUGAUAAAAAAAACAAAAAAAUAACUUCAGAAGCUUUUUAAAGUUUACCAGUUCGUCAAUGCUGCAGAUGCUGUGUUUGGGUUUGAUGUGUUCAAUCUUGAAAUUGUACUUUACAGUUUCUGAAUAUUUUGCUGCAAAAAUUAUUUAAAAUGCCUUGGUCAAUAGAUUUUAUAGAACAACGUGAGCUAAGGGAACCUAAACAUUUGGAAAAAUUUGAUUUUAAACUGACAGAUUUCAUUUUAAACCUGAUUUUGGCUCUGGAUGUUCAUCAGUGUCCCUGUUGUAACACUGUGGUUAUUUCAGUGAAGUGAAAUUUAAUUAACUUUUAGUCAUUGGAGUGUAACAAAAAGGUUGUGAUGUUUAUAAUAAAUUCAUCAUUUUAUUCAGAAUUUACAGAAAUAGCAAAAGUGCUUACAAAACUAGCAUGCGACUGACAUUGAAAAACAAUUACAAGAUUAUAGGUUAAACAGGUUUAUCAACAUUUAUUUUUUGUAAAAUUUUAUUAAAUCUUAUUUCCAAUAUAAAUAGUUUUUAUUCAAUAAAUUCUAAACAUAAACUAGAUGAAAGAAAAUGCUUUAUUUUGGCUAACUUAGAAAUGCUAACAGAAUUGCUACAAAAUUAUGCCUCUUUAUUUUUGUUUAAGCUUUGAAAUUAAGUUUGAAAUUAAUCUUAAUCAAAUACAUUCGUAAGAAACAGACUCUCCUAGUGCGUUUUAAAGUAAAUUGCCAAAUAAAACAUCAAUAUCGGCAGAAUUACAGUUUUCUGCCUUGUAACAUUAGCCAGAUAAUUUUGUUGGGACCAAUUUUGUUAGCUAAAAUGCUAAAUGCUAUUUUUUUAUUUAUUUAUAUUAACUUGCUGCCUGCACAGUCGAUCUAAAAUUGUGGUUAAUACAUACUGUAUUGUCUAAAUCAUUAAAUUAUUUUAUUAAUACGCACAGUAGCUUUACCUUUGUAGCUGGUUAGCAAAAACUGACACCAAGGCUAACACUUUUAAUUAGGACUAGCUUUGCAGACUGUACAAAGAAAUGGAUGUACUGAAUAUUUUACAUUGCAAGUUUACUUUAGAAAAAUAUAGAGCAAAGUGAAGCAGCAAAUUAGAUUAACAAAAGUUAUUUAAGUGGUCUGUGAGUUACAAAGGAAAAACGAAAAACUACCUGUUUCAUCUAAAAGUUAUCGUCAAUCUACUUUUUUCGUGUUAGAUUGAAAUCACUACAUUAUAUAUGUUUACCAAUACUCCUUGUACUGUACCUAAUAAAUACCAUAAUAUUACAAAAAUAUAUUUUUUUAACCUUUUAGCAUCAUAAGCUAAUUUCGGUAGCAUUAGUUUGCUAGCUCAAAUGCUAAAUGCCUUAGCCACCCUAUUUAAAAAAAAAAAAAAUCCAAAUUAUUAACUUCCUCUCAUUUAAAUCUGGUUAAUUGGUUGGUGGUAAGCACCUUUCCACAUAAUUUAAGAGCUUGAAGGUUUUAUUUUUAACAAAUGUUAGCUUUACAGAGGUAGCUACCUAGCAAAAAUGGACUACACAGCUUCACAGAACAUAUAACACAAAAUAAUUCUAGCUCAAAAAAAAUUAUUUUUGUGACAUAAACAUUCAGGGACUAACCGGAGAAUAAUAAAUAAAAGUUAAAUGAAGUGAAUUAUUUUAUUAAAGUUAAAAAUAAAUCUACUUAGAAAAACUGUAAAAUGUGGCAUUUAACACUUUUUUCUACUUCAGGGAGUGCAAAAUAAAAUGUUUUAACUUUUUAUUUACAGAUUGAAGGACUAUAAAUAUAAUUAUAAUCAGUAAUACUCAGGAAAAAGUCUGGCAACCACAGGAUCCUAUAUUUGAUUUUAUUACAUCACUUAUAAACUCUAAUAUGUUGAUCAUUUGCAGAGACUUUUAAACACACUACUCUGUUAUCAGCACUACUAAUAAGCAGUCUCUAUGCAGCAGCAGAUUGGUUAUUAUUUAGAUGUUGUUGUAGAGCUUUAUGGUAAAUUUCUUGAUAGUUCCUUUAAGAUUUUUCCAGAAUUUGUAUUAAAAGUCUGUAUUUUUUUCAACUACAACAUGUAGCAGUUUACAAAAAUAGCUUCACAAUGAAGGAAAAUUGCUUUUAUCCAUUCAGUGGAUCUGUAAUUUAAACUUUUUUUCACAUUAGAACGAGUAAAAAUAUUUUAAUAGCAUGCUAAGAUAAACAUACCAAACUUAAUUAAACAUCUGUAAACUUUUGCUUUUCUUUUGGGAUUUUUACUCCUUUUUUUUAAAGCUGUUUCUUGAUAUAACAAGCUAAUUAAAGGCAUUUAUUUUAAAAACUGUAAGUGAACGCUGAUGCUGAAACAACCACAGUGGUGCUCCAGAAAUCCUUGUGAACACAAAUGAUGCUCCUUUUGAGUGAGAAACAUCUGAUCAUGAAGGAAACUCUGAAGUUUGUGUUUGCAGGCUGUCAAUAACCUUUCCCAGACCCUUUUUUUUUAUUCUACUCUGAAAUAAAUAUAUAUAUUUGGAGGAACUAUAUUCACUAAGACUUAAAAUAGCCUGAAGACGAUGACUUAUUUAUUUGUUGUGUAGCGUGUGGUAUCAGAAAGAGAAACAUCCAUGUUGUCUCAUUGUAAUAACGCUGGAAUAAGUGGACCACCGUGUUUAUUUGCACAUAGCAGCCAUUAUACUCUCUCUCUGUGGAUCUUUACCUUGUGUCGCUGUGUUUCGAGGUGCGUACAAAUCUCUUCCCUCCAUGCUGCAAACAUACAGCAGUUCCAGUGAGCACGCUCGCCCGGUUGGUUUUCCACAUAGAUGUUCGAUUUUUAAACGUCCGCCGUGUUGUUUUUCUCCUUUUUCGGAUUAUUUGUGCUGUUUGAGGAUCUGUUUUUCUUUUUUUUUUUUUUUGUUAAAUCUUCUGCUGUAUUUUAAUUUUGUAUGUAAACCGAAUGAAUGUAUUGACUGUGAGCUCAAAUACACAAAAUAUUUUCCGAAGAGACGCUUUUAUUGUGUUGGAGAAGGAAGCGAUGAAUUAUGUUGCUGUAUUGGAAAUAAAGAAAAGUUGCACUUUUA